AUGGUUGUUGAUUUGAUUCAUGUCGUGUCACAAAAAAUAUGUGGAAGAACAUGCCUGGCUGGAAAGAAAGAUUUAAAAGGAAUUGAGGCUUGGCUAAAGGUCGAACAGAAUUUUGCGCAGAUUUCUCAGCAUUGUAAGGAGUGGCCAAAUAAUGAACAGAAGAAAAGCAAAGGUCGACGUUUUCUCGACAUUAUUGAUAUGCAAACAAAAAGGAUAGCAACAAAGAAAAUAUUAGAUAUCCACUCCAUGACGUUAUCAGAAAUCAAAGAUUGGAAUUCAUCAACAGGACAGAAAUCGUAA